GUCGGCGACAACCGGGACAAGCUUACCACACAGUUUCAACGCAGUUGGCAGCAGCAGGAGGCCCAGCUGGCAACGCUGGACGCGGAGUUUAUCGCAGCCGUGAUCGAGCAGGAAGAUUUCAACGCUAUGUACUACGACCCGCUGACGCUGCUCCCAAGGAAGGCCUUCUAUGGCAAGCUGCUGAAGAUGCUGGAAGGGAAGCCGCUGGCCCUCGUGUUGACCUCCGCGGACUUGGACAACUUCAAGUUGCUGAACGACUGCUGGUCCCAUGCGCACGGCGACUCCGCCAUCAUGCAGGCGGCGGACUGCAUCUACGAGCACUGUGAGGCCUUCAACGCAGGGCAGUCGGACGUUGUGUGCGUGCCCUUCCGCUUUGGCGGCGACGAGUUCGUGAUGGCCUUCAUCUCGCACGAGGGUGCGGACUUCAAGCAGAUCAAGGACCUCUCG